UAAAUAUCACUAUAAAUUUUCAAUAAUCAGACUAAAUGAAAUUUAAGGUCUAAAUGUUUGUAACGAUAUAGGUGACACAAGGAAGGAAGGUUGCGGCGGAAGUGUAACCCGAAGGUAGAGCCUUGCUACAAGAACUAGACAAGAUGCCUGCCUACCACUCCCAGUUCACCAGUCCACCCCAGCUUAUUGGCAACAUGGCACUCUUGCCUCUCAAGACGUCAUACAAGGGACCUGCACCAAGAACAGGUUCAGAUGCUGAUGAUAUUAUUGAUGAAGCAAUUUACUACUUCAAAGCCAAUAUUUUCUUUCGCAGUUAUGAGAUCAAGAGUGAAGCAGACAGAACUCUGAUUUAUAUCACUUUGUACAUCAGUGAAUGUUUGAAAAAACUACAGAAGUGCUCUUCAAGAAACCAGGGAGAAAAGGAAAUGUACACUCUAGGAAUUUCCAAUUUUCCUAUUCCUGGUGAGAGUGGCUUCCCCUUGAAUGCCAUGUACACCAAACCCGCUAACAGGAAUGAUGAAGAAGCAAUGCGUGCUUACCUUCAGCAACUACGACAGGAGACUGGCACGAGGCUACUGGACAAAGUCUUCGACCCACAGACAGAUAAACCCAGCAAGUGGUGGCUGUGCUUUGCCAAGAGAAAGUUUAUGGACAAGAGUCUGUCAGCCCCAGGAUAUUAGAUGCCUCUUUUUUUCUGCGUAUAAAUUAUGCUGUCAUUUUCACCAUCUCUUUCAUAAUGCUUAAUAUAUGUUUACUAUCAGUUGUGUGCAUAUUGUCUUGAGCCAAAGGAAAGACAAGACAUAUGUAUGUUCUUAAGUGAUGGUGCAAAUAUGAUUAUGUGUUCCGCAACCAGACGUUGAAGCCACACCUUCCAAACAUACACCAGUGGUUGGACCAAACUCCUGCAUAGACUGUACAAAAUAUUUUCAUGAGUUUUGCUUUUACACUUACCGAAUAAAACCCAUGAACAAAAAAGAAAA